AGCGCCCUUUCAUGGAAAAAGGGGCGGCGGUCGCGCGCCCGGAGGCCGAAAUGAGAGAGGGCCUGGAGGAGCUGCAGAAGAAAUCGCGGGAAAUGGCGAUCAAGGUGAGAGAAGGGGAGAAUCAAACGAAGGAUGGAAUCGGCUACCUAGAAGUGAAGCAUUUGCUUCUAUCGAGCUACUGCCAGCAUCUCGUGUUUUUGAUCCUGUUGAGAGCCGAAGGGAAAUGCGAUCUUUCCGAGCAUCCUGUCAUCCAGCGUCUUGCCGAAAUUCGUUUGUUCUUGGAGAAGAUCCGUCCCAUUGACAAGAAGCUACAGUAUCAAAUCGACAAGCUUCUCAAGCAAGCCACAGCACCGGCUAGCGAUCAGUACCUGGCCGCUGAGAAAGACGAUCUAAAGUACAGGCCUAAUCCAGACUUGCUCGUUUCCAAAAUCGAGGAAGACAUGGAGGGAAAUGGUGGCGUUUACAAGCCACCGAAGAUCGCUCCCACGGCUAUGGACGAGAAAGAGAGUGCCAAGGACAAAAGGACGAGGCAGCGAGCCGAAAGGGAAGAGCAGCGUCGAGCUUCACGAAGCUCGUACAUCAAAUCUAUGGUGGAUGAUCUCGAAGGAAGGCCUGAAGAGAUCCAGCAUUCGCUCGGGGCUGAAAGCAAGCAGUUCCAGCGAGAGAUGGCGAGGCUGGACGCGCGCGCAAAGCAAGAGGAAGACAUGUUUACUCGUGUUCCUCUGUCCAAGGUGGAACGCAAGAGAUUGACACGCUUAAAGCGUUCUCGAAACGGGCUCCAGGGGCUGAUGGAUGAUUUCACCGACGAUGUUGCUGGCUUGGCCUUUACCGAGGACGAUGGCGAUCAACCAUCUCGCUCCAAGAAGCUCAAAAAAUCCAAAGCUAGCGGCAAGCUUCGCGUAAAGAAACUUAAGGGUAAGUUUAAAAAUAAGAAGAAGAACCGCUCGUAAAAACGAAGCGAGGUCCACGUGGUCAUGCCAAGUGUCAGGCAAGUGAUUCAUUUCAUCGUUCGUUCUUCGAGCCAGAGAUGGCAGAUCAGGAUCAAGCAAAGCAGCAAGCUCGCC